AUGUCAUUCAUUGUUUUCAGCUAUGUUUGGAAACCUUGCCACAACUCCAGUCAAACCUCGGAUUUCUCCUGCUUCACACAGGUGGUGAUUUUUAAGAAGUAUGGUGUCAGUGGCAGAGCUGUGGUUGUCGGGGUUGCCAACCGCACAGCAAGUGGCUUUAAGCACCAUAAUUCCAUUUUUGGUGUCCACGCUUUUAUCUUUGGUGGGGGUUCUGGUGGAUCAGUAUUAGCUUCGAGACUGUCAGAAGAUCCCGAUGUUCGUGUGUUGCUUCUUGAAGCGGGGUCAAAUGAGGUCGAAGAACCCUUGGCAGAAAUUCCAGCCUUGACCAGUUUUCUCCAGAGAUCAGACUUUGAUUGGAAAACAAAGUCUGAACCUGGCGAUGGUUUCUGUCUUGCUAUGAGUAAAAAGAGAUGCAGUUGGCCUCGAGGAAAGGUUCUCGGAGGUUCUUCAACCCUCGGAAAUAUGAUUUACACACGCGGAAACAAAAAGGACUUUGACAAAUGGGCACAAAUGGGAAACACAGGCUGGGAUUUUGAGUCCGUUUUGCCCUAUUUUCUCAAAUCCGAGGACAACCGGAAUAGAUUCAAAGCUGCUGACAAGAAAUUUCAUUCCCAAGACGGAUACUUGACAGUUUCUGACCCGGCUUUCAAGUCUCCUCUGACCUUGUCUUUCAUGGCGUCUGCUGCUGAAAUGGGGUAUCAAAUUCGUGACGUCAAUGCAGAAAAUCAAACAGGUUUCAUGUUGAUUCAGUCGACGAUUCGAGAUGGACGUCGUCUCAGCAUUGCCAAAGCAUUUCUGGGACCUGCGAGUGGGAAAGAAAAUCUUCAAUUAUCUCUAAAUUCUCUCGUCACGAAACUUCGUUUCAAUUCCAAAAAAACCAAAGUUAUCGGGGUCUCUUACGUGAAAAAUGGCACAACUCUCAGCGCAAGAGCAAAAGGGGAAAUCAUUAUUUCAGCUGGUGCUGUUGGAACCCCAGGGAUUCUUUUGAGAUCUGGUAUUGGACCAGCAGAUCAUUUGGAAGCCAUGAAGAUUCCAGUUGUGAGAGACGCACCAGUGGGGAAAAAUCUGCAAGACCACAUUGGCAUUUGUGCGAUGACGUUUCUGGCUCCAAAUGCGAGAGGCUCUUCUUCAAAUUCGAAUGAAACGGACUUGAGAGCAGAGAUUUUCAAGUUUUUGAAUCACGGAAAAGGUUCAAUGACAUCUUCUGGAAUUGAAGCGAUUGCGUUCGUGAACUCAAAAUUUGCGGAUGCCUCGGAAGACUUUCCAGAUUUGCAGUUCCAGUUCAUUCCUGGUGGAGUUCAUGUCUGGAAAAAAUGGUUCACUCCACUUCGAUCAAAACGCCAAUGGGCUGUUUGUUCGACGUUAUUGAGGCCAGAAAGCAGAGGAGAAAUCAGACUGAAGUCCAGGAAUUCCAAAGCUGAUUUAAUAAUUCUUCCCAACUAUUUCAACUCCAGCAAAGACUUGGAAAUUCUCGUGGAUUCUUUCAGGAUCAUGUUCAACCUGUCGCAAACAGCUGCAUUUGCCAGCGUGGGUUCGAGCCCAUACGAAAUGCCCUUCCCCGGGUGUGAGGAGUUGGCAUUAUUUUCAGAUGAUUACUUCCGGUGUUUUUUGCGCCAUGCUGCUCAAAGUAUGCACGAUCCAGUUGGCACUGCAAAAAUGGGACCAAAAAACGAUUCCACUGCUGUCGUCGACUCCAAACUAAGGUAA